AUGCGGUUCCAUAAAGUACACGGAAAAAAUAUCCGUUUAGAUCAAAAUGAUACAAUUGCUUAUCGCAUGGAAUCAUUUUCCCAUGCAUUAGUAUUUAGUGAACGUCCAUUAUUCCCUGGUGAAUUGUUUAUGGUUGAAAUUGAGGAAACAACAUCAGAUUGGACAGGAGCAAUUAAAAUUGGUUUAUCCAUAGUACCGCCCGAAACAAUCAUUCAACAGUGUAAUAAAGAUGUCAUUUACGAGAAUAUUUAUCAUACUACAGUUCCAAGUAGACCUGUUGGCCACAUGCGAUGUACAUGUGGUUUGUAUAAACCAGUAUUUGGGAUAGGAAAUUAUGAUUGGAUUAUAACACCAUUUGGAAAAACUGAAAGAAAAACAAUUUUACCUGUCAGACAGUAUGAUCCAAAAGAAGAUUGUCCUACAGAUGUGGGAGGAAGAGUAGGACUAAUUUUUGCACAUAAAAAGAAGACUAUUCAUGUUCAUUCAAUUAUGAAUGGUUUUGAUUGCGGUCCAUUUGAAAUCCUUCGUUUUGAUAAUAAUACAGAUGAUAGUGAUGACAGUCAUGCAAGUGAUCAAGAUAAUAGUCAUCAUAGAUUUACAUCUUCACAUAAAGUGAACUCAGACGUUAAACUAUGGGCGGUAAUUGAUGUUUACGGUGGAACGAAGAAAAUUCGAAUUAUACAACUAUAUAGUGGAGGUAAAUGA